GUGAAGGAAACCCUGGUUUGCUCUUUGGUACAGCUUGUAGGCUACAUGUUGUUGAAGCUUUUGACAGGGAGAGGGCGUGUGCUGUUGUGCCAUCUCGGAUUGACCACUAGCCUGCAAGAAGACAUGUAGCCUGUCAUACAGAGACUAGGCGGUGCUGUAAUAUAAGGACUUCUCUGUUCAAGGUUUAUAUUAACAGAGGCACUUGCAUACACAUAAAGAAUGGACAGAGGUUCUGGGCCCCACCCUCAAGAUAUUUCCAGCCCUGCAGAGUGAGCUCGGGCAGGAGUGAGGGGAGAGGUGGAGUGACCCAGACCAAGGAUGGAGCAGGUGGAGCACAUGGGGGCUGCCAGCCCACGGCUGGCCUCGCUGCGGAGGUCAGAGAUCACAGGGCUCCAGGCUGACGGGGAGGAAACUGGGACCAGCACCUGGAGGAAGAAGAGGAAGAAGGAGCUGCGACCAGACUCUAUUAUUGUGUACCACUCCGAGGUGGAGAGGAUGCCAGAGGAGGAUUUGGGUGGGGAGGACGGGGCGGAGAAGACCUCGGAGGAGGGGGCAAAGUUCCUCGCCACUCCCCCUGGGGAAGGAGGCUGGAGCACGGCCCCAGACAACCACUAUGUGACUCUGACAGGCACUAUCACACGAGGGAAAAAGAAAGGUCAGAUGGUGGACAUCCACGUCACGCUCACAGACAAGGAGCUCCGGGACCUGGCCAGGUCGAAGGAGCGUCUGGACGCUGAGUGCGAGCGCGGCGUGGAGGCCAAGCAGCCCUGUGGCCUGGGGUUCGGCCAGGGCCCCCACGUGGUGCUGUGGAGCCUCUCCUGCGCCCCUGUGGUCUUUCUCCUCUCCUUUGUCACCUCCUUCUACUACGGCACGCUCACCUGGUACAACGUCUUCCUGGUGUACAAUGAGGAGAGGACGUUUUGGCACAAGAUCACUGUCUGUCCCUUCCUCAUCAUCUCCUACCCCUUGCUGAUCAUGGGGGUGUCUCUCUCCCUGGCGGUGUAUGCGGCCGUGGUGCAGGUGUCCUGGGUUUUCGCCGAGUGGUGGCUGGCUGUGCGGGACCUGGAGAAAGGCUUCUGCGGGUGGGCCUGCGGGAAGCUGGGGCUGGAGGAUUGCUCUCCCUACAGCAUCGUGGAGCUUCUCGACUCGGACACUGUCUCCAGAAGCCUCCGGGGAAAGCAUGCGGCUGAGAACCUGCAGACCACCUCUGUGUGACUGGGCCGUCACGCCUAGCGACAGGGAAACCACAUGCACACUUGUGGACUCCCUCUUCUGCUCAUAAGACAAAUGGUUCUUUGAUUACUGCCAUCCCAAGUAGGGCUGCAUGAUAUCAGGAAAAUAUGUGAUAUGAGAAAGUUGUUGAAUAUUGUGAUGAUGAUAUGACUUGCGAUAAAUAUACAAAUAUUGCACAGUUCUAAUGUCUUACUGCCUUAGGUACACUGCUAACAUAGACCCCAGACAAUCAAUAGCCUAUGCCCACUGAAUAAAUUUAAAAAAAGCAUUAUUUCCAACAUUCCAACACAAAUUGCACAUGAACAGCCACUCAAUUUAACAGAACAUCAAUUUAAAUAUAUACUAUUCAUCGCACUUCAAGCUGUCUUUUGCAAAAUGUUUAUCGCGCAUGUUCAUAUCGUGAUGAGGAUAAAUAUAUGAUAUAUCGUGCAGCCCUAAUCCCAAGCUCUCCAGUCAAAUCCUGUGCACCAUUUCAUUUACAUUGUCCAUGUAACAUCACUGACACUCCUUGGUUCUACAUCUACAUUAAAAUAUAGGCUGGAGUUUGCUAUGGACGUGGUCAUGAUAUUACAGCUAAAUGUUCUGUCUCAGAACAGUAUAUGUGUAUUCCUGAGUGUUGUGUUCAUGUGAUGCACUUGCGUUUGUUGGUGUGGGAGGUGACCAGGUUCAGGGAGUGUUUGUUUUAAUUCAGAUCUAAUAGGCAAAGACCUUGAAGACCUCAGACACAGGAUAUAACAGGGAGAGUGCCAAAACCAAACAAAUCCUUUUUCUUGAUUGAUAGAAUGCAGUGCUGAUGCUUGAUUUGUCUGACAAGCAUCACAGGGUCCUGCCUUAGGGUUUAAUUGUAAGUGUUUUUGUGUCUGCCUUUGUCUUCAUCCCUCAUUACCACAUUCCUUUUUAUAAGGUUCUCUUAAGCUGUUUUAUAAAGCCAGUCUUUGUACAUUGUUUUGUUGCUGUGGUAACCCAUCAGGGUUUAUAAGGAUUUAGAUUUUCUGAUGGUUGUUCUGCUUGAUCAUCAUUGUGGAGUUUACACCAGAUUAAUUUUUAUUAUUUACUAUCAUCCAUGUUGACAUUCCAUUGUGGACUGCAGUAAGAUGCUUUGUGCAACAUUUCCUCCUAUAAAAUGGGUUUGUGAGUGGUAUUGAUGCCUUUUGUGUUCGUGUGAUUCUGCAACAAUUUUCCUUUCUUGUUUACUUAAUCAACUUUGAUUUUAGUUUGUUAGAUUACUUGAAUUGGUAAUUUCUAUUAUUUCCAAGUUAUUUUGAAAAGGGUUGUCUUCAUUUUCAUCCAGAACACAGACAUUUGCAUUAAGACUUGACAAAUCAUAUGUCAUAUAUAACUUGCAUGUACAAAUAUCUGCACAUUAAUUUUAACUGAUGUUGUGAUAUUCAGUGCAUGGUGAGCACAAAGGAUGAAUACUUUGAUGAAAUGAAAUGUAGUGGGUGCGGGGGAAUUUCCCUAUGACAUGCUAGCUAUGACUUGAACUAUAAUUGAUGCACUUUCACUUUUGAGUAAAUGGCUGUAUUUAUGUUACCAUAUUCUAUUUUGAUGCAUGGACACUUUUUUGUAGCCUGAUUUUAAUGGCACAAAAAAAGCAUGUUACAUGCACAGGUAUGUGUAUGCAAAUUUAGACUACAUGUACAGUAACUGGAAAUAAAAAAUAAAAAAACUGACUUAUGAUUCACAGACAGAAUACUCACAACAUUGAGCAUAAUCAGAAUGUGUGGUAUUUUUUUUAUUUUAACUGCAGUUUUUACAUUUUUUGCCAUAAUUUUAAAUUCUGCUCCUGUACUAUUUAAUAUAAUAAAAUGAAAGGUUAUCUGA